CCUAUCCCAGCCCCUGCACAAGCCCUUCCCGUCCUCACCUCGCCGCUGCUGGCAACCUCAUUCUCUCUCCAAGCACAUGCGACGAACCUUGCUCGACCUCCAUCUUUUGCCUGCUUCCUCGACUGCAGCGCCAUCCGUACAAAUAUACUCGUACUACACGCAUCCCAAGGUUUCGACGGCAGCUUGUUAAAGCUCCACCCACACGCGCGCCCGCCUGCAUCAAAAAGUCGCCUGCUAACUAACUACCUACCCGCUCCUGGGCUUGGCUCCGGCUCUCCCGCCUCCACCUCCUUGUCCUUUUGCACGCUUGCUCGCCUCUUCCUUUUCUUGCUCAAGCACAGCCAGGCUUGGCUCUUCACCUCUCUCUCACAUCGAUUCCAAGACUUGGCAAUCUUUCUGUACUUCUUGAUUGUCCAUGGGUUGCCAGUUGUGCUUCCGUGUCUAAAGGCCCCGUCGCGGCUACCUAUAAGCGCUUUUAACAUGGUCCGGGUCCCUCGGUGGCCGGGGUGGCGCCAGGCGGCCACGGCGUCGCUGCUGGUCACAGCCAGCCCGCUGGUCGCGGCAUACAACCUUGAUCCCAACUCGACCGAAUCCGUCACCACAAUUGCCAAGCAAAUGGCCGAAGACAUGCUUUCUUGGUACAACGGCGACAAGCCCGGUGGUACGCCUGGCCUGCUGCCAGACCCAUAUUACUGGUGGGAGGCCGGUGCCAUGAUGGGCGCCUUAAUCGACUACUGGUAUUAUACGAAAGACGAUUCGUACAACAAUCUCAUUACCAAAGGCCUCCUCUUUCAAGUCGGCGACACCAACGACUACAUGCCACGAAACCAGACACUCACCGAGGGCAAUGAUGACCAGGGCUUCUGGGGUCUUUCGGUCAUGUCGGCGGCCGAGUACAACUUCCCGAACCCUCCAGCCGACAAGCCGCAAUGGCUCGGAUUGGCGCAAGCCGUCUUCAACACGCAAGCCGCACGGUGGGACACCAAACACUGCAAUGGCGGUCUGAGAUGGCAGAUCUUCAGCUGGAACAAUGGCUACGACUACAAAAACUCCAUCUCGCAGGCGUGCUUCUUUGCUCUCGGCGCACGCCUUGCCCUUUACACGGGCAAUCAGUCGUACGCGGACUGGGCGGUUAAGACGUGGGAUUGGAUGGUAGGCGUCGACUUCAUCGACAAGUAUUGGCGAGUUCUCGACGGGGCGCAUACAGGACCCAAUUGCACCGACAUCACGCCAUAUCAGUUUACGUACAACGCUGGAGGCUUCAUUCUCGGCGCCGCCGCCAUGUACAACUAUACCGAGGAUCCUGUCUGGAAAGAUCGUUUGGACAAUCUGGUUGAGGGCACCAAGGUGUUCUUCACCGGGCCAAACAAUGACAUCAUGACAGAAGUGGCCUGUGAGCCUGUGGACCGCUGCAACCUCGACCAACAGUCCUUCAAGGCGUACCUGAGCCGCUGGCUUGCCGCAAUCACCAAGUGGGCGCCACACACGUACGAAGUCGUGAUGCCGUACCUGCGGGCGUCAGCCGUGGCGGCCGCGAAGCAAUGCACGGGCGGCAAGAACGGGCGUUUGUGCGGGCUGAAAUGGACCACCGACGAGUUCGACAACAACACGGGGGUGGGACAGCAAAUGGCUGCAAUGGAGGUGACGCUUUCAUGCAUCAUCAAAGAUCGCGGGCCGCCCGUAACAAACGACAAAGGUGGGACGAGCAAGGGAAACCCUGGCAGCGGUGGCAGCGACGUGGGCCGUAACAAUCCCAAGGGCCCCAGCUUCAAAGCCAUCACCGCUGGCGAUACUGCUGGCGCCGCCAUCCUCACAGUUGUCGUGCUUCUUGGCAUGAUGGCGGGAAUGGUCUGGAUAUUCUUGGAUGAAACAUCCGACAAGACGCCCAUGCAGCAGGUCAGGAGCUUUCACAACCUCACAGCAGCGCAAAUUGCGGCUGUCGCUGCCGGCGGAGGUGGUGCCGCAGCAUUCUGGAAACGAAGGGGCGAAGACUACGAUGAAAAAACUGGCGCCACAGUUGGCUCGAUCAGCGAGCGAAGCUCUCGGUCGAGCGCAGAAAACAACAUGAUGAUUGAAACAGCCCCGGUCAGGAUCGGUGAGGUUCGCAACCAGGGCGCCAGCAAUCCACGACGCCUCUCCAACAUGCCGCUGGGGUGGCCCCGUAACCCUUCCGUGCGUGCGAGCUCGACGUUCGAGUCAGGACACGUCCGGCCAAUAUCGGGAACCGACCUGGAUGGCACAAGACCAUCGAGCGGCACCGGCUCGUCAGAUUUGAUACCGAAGCGACCUCGAGCUACUGUAAGACGAAGGUAGACAGUUGUACGAUUUUUGAAGGAAUUUGUUGUCGCGCAGAAGGUUGUUUCUGGGGCGUUCCGAGGCUUGAUUUCUGCACUUCCGGAGCGUCGACCUAGGACUUUUUGCAUUCGUUGUUGGAGUUGAGGGGCUGGCGUAACAGGUGUACAUGGGGACUACGCUUCAUACACGACGAGCUAGAUCAAGGGCCCGGACGGGUGGAGUUGGAUCGAGGUGUUAUAUGGCAUUUCAGGACACUACGGCACUAGUAGUUACAAUGGGUAGAGUAUUGGUCUCUACAAGUUCGACAUGGACCUACGGCGCCGCAUGUAAAGUAUUUAUGACAAGAUAAACGAC